AUGGUUUACCGGGGAAAAGUAAGCGUGCUACCCCCCCAUGAAGAUCGAUUUGGCAUGUGGUAACGUUCUGCUUAGCCCUCGGCUGGUUGCGAAAACUGCCGCAAAGCAAAGAAGCGGUGCGGGUUGGAACAGCCGACCUGUUCAAGAUGUGUCAAGCUCAAGAAACCAUGUUCCGGAUACCGCGACACUACCUCGCUACAGAUCCAGGACGAGAGUGAAUCUGUCAAGUUGAAAGUUGAUCGACAGAAGGUCCGAAAUUCAGCCCCAAAGACACAGCUGUCCACGCCAGACGGAUCUUCGCAUGGCGAAGAUGACGUUGUCAUACGGGCACCCAGCGCGGCGAGCACCCCUCACAGCGAUUCAUCAUCUUCCAGCGACGAUACCAUCGAAGUACCUCCGGGCAUUGGUGCCCUCUUACUGACCCUGAACGGCCAUUCCUUUAGUACACCAGAAUUCGAUAGAGAGCAGCCGAUCCUGCCGAGGGCUCUGAAACCAUCCGCAGAUGAAGUCGCUAGUACGUAUUUCUUCAAGCAAUUCACUGCCAGCAAUGGCCACUGGCACUUCUUGCGAGACUUUUCAAGACAGCUUCAGAUGGAUCCGCUACUGGACAUGGUCAUUAGGGCAUGUGGUAUUGCGGCGAUGGAUAAUGUUGAGGGUCUCGUUAUGGUAGGUCCCAAGACUUUGCUCUCGCCAGAAUGGCACCAGCCAAGCAGUAGAUAGCUUUGGUCCGCGCAGGACUUAGGCUGACAUUCAGCAGGGCCGCAAUUACUCUCGCGCACUCUAUGCAGAAGCUCUCAGCCGUCUGAAUACAGCCCUACGGGAUUCGAAACGGUGCAAGACCGACGAAUGUCUCAUUGCGGUUUCGAUGCUUGGCUACUACGAAAACCUCACCUGCGACAGCCGGGAGUCAGUACAAUCAUGGAAGGCUCAUAUCAACGGAUCAACACAGCUUCUAAAGCUCCGCGGCAAGAGUCAGUUCAAGACGCCAAUAGGACGGAUGCUGUUCCGAGAAACGAGAGCAAACAUUCUCAUCCAUUGCAUGUGGGACGACUUGGAACCGCCGGCGUUUCUCUGGGAUUGGGAAAAGGAACUCGAGAGAAUGACGCCUACUGCUGAGAUUAUCCACCCUGCCGACGGACUAACGAAAAUCUGCUUUAGGUUUGCCUCGCUCAAGAAUAGAAUGCGUCUGAGCCAGCUUUCGGAUUCUGAAGCUUUGGAGAAAGCGACGGAAGUCGAAAUGGAAUUCGUUCAGUGGUCGAUCAAUACCAUCGAUCAGGACAAGAUGUGGCAUUACCACGACGUCGAAGUCCCCGAUUCCCCGCACGUCUGGAACGGCGUCGUACACUCCUACACUUGCCACCCCUGCGCGAGUUUCUGGAAUACAUACCGCAGCAUGAGGAUCCUCCUCACACGAACCCAGGAACUCCUGGUCCGGCGCUUCCAACUCGACCAGGAGCAAGAAGCUGCUCAGAUCAACUACUUCCGCAGCGUCCGGAGACAAAUGGCCGAUGAAAUCUGCGCCAGCGUCCCGACACAACUCGGCCAUGCCUCCCCAGCUUUCAACUCUCCCUGUAUCCUCAUCACGGCUUACGGAUCCAUCUGGCCUCUCUUCUUCGCGGGAACCUGUGCGCUCGAACGUCUCGGCUUAGGCGGAGCCUUCCAAAACCCCAGCUCCGAAUGGCAAUCCGCCACCUCCGCCGCCGCGGCCCAAGCCUCCUGGAUCAUCGGCCGGAUGGAAUACAUUUCCAAGCACGUCGGACUCAGGUGGGCCGAUGGGAUCGCCGCGACUCUCAAGGGAGACUACAAGAUGCACCAGAAUCUGCAUGAAGAUGACUGGGGAGUGAAUACGUUUAUCAAGGUGUUUUGGAAAGAGCGGUAUCAAUGUGAAAUGUCCCAGAUGGAAGAGAGAAAGGCGCAGACUCCGGAUUGGUUGCGAGAGGUGGAAGAGAGUGGCAGGGGACCAAGAGUCUUGAUCGAGAAUCCUAUUGAUGAGAUGCUGAAUCGGAAGAGGGAUGAUUGGGGCCCGCUGUGGUUGGGACGGACGGAAGAGACGAAUAUGAGACAGAUGGAAGAGUCGCAGAGGGGGUUACUCUGA